CAUCCUGCUUCUGUGCUCAUGGAAGCAGGCACCAACAUGGCCUGCCUAGAGCAGGUCAUUGCCUGGCCGUGAAAUGGCGUUGCCAGAAAUCGGCCCUGAGGCUUCAAAAAGCCACGAGUCAAGGGAGGGACUGCAAGGGCUGCAAGGGUCACGGGCCUCGAAGAAGUCGUCACACUUAAAAGCUGAUAAUCUCCGAACAAGUGUCGCAAGUGUUGCUGGUGCAACUCAAGACGCCGAGGGUCAACGCUCAACCUCCCUGAAAAUACCUGUACAGCCAUCACUUUCUAAGCGUUCUGUUUCCACCCUCGGCACAAGUCGAAGUGUGUGGAGCAGCAACCGGUGGCUGGCAGAGUGUACGGCAGGAUUGAAAGCAACUGAAUCCAAAUGUUGGAGUCAGUUGUUGCAAAAUCUCACUGGGGAACAGGUGAAAUGGGGAUCAGCGAAAAGUCCCAAAGCGCCCACAGCACCCAACAAGCGGCGACUUGCCAAAAAGGCGGUGCAUGGCAUUUUGCUUCGGAAACCGAACCAACGUGUGGUGAGUCAUGAAGAUCGCCGUAUGGUGCGAAAGGAAUUGUCACGGGAGUCAGUGGCCUUUUCGGACGAUGCGCUUGAGCAUGAGCGUUCAUUGGACACGAGGAGCCGGAAGAAUCCCAGUCUGGUGGCGUCAAAUACUGUCGAUCUGCCAGUUGAAAACGGCACAGAUUUGACCCGGGCAUCCAUCGCAUCCAUGGCAUCCCGUUUAUCCUCCGAUUCAGUGGACCUCCUCGCCGUGGCCGAUAUGAAGCAAAGGAUGAAACAAAUUGUGCACAAGCGUUUGCGCAGCGUCCGUGAAAGUGUGUUGAGGCAGCGGAACGAGAACUAUGCCCAAAAGAGGUAUGAACGGCUUCCUCAAAAGGAAAGGGAGGCGCUUGAGCGUGCAUUCUUUCAAUACGAUGCUGACCUAUCCGGCUUUUUGGAGUGGGACGAAGUGGUCCCUGCACUCAGAGAGCUUGGCUUAUCUGGAUCAAAUGCUAUUGAGAAGCGAGAGAUUAUCCAGGUUUGUCGCAAUGUGGUGACUGCCUCCCAAAUGCAAAGCAUACACGUUGGCACAACAUCAAUGAACUUGCAGGAGGUCUUGAAUCAGCAGCGGAGCCGCAUGCAGAAUCAACCCCGGGUCAAGCUAGGCGUCGUCAGGAAAAAGAGAGGAUCCAAAAAACGCUUAACAACGCAAACCUCUGGAGUUGCUUCGGAGACCAAGGAGGCUGAAGCAAGAGCCUCUACCAAGCCCCAGCCGGGUCUCGGUUCGGAGAACUCCAGCCGGAGAAGUAGCAAGGCUUCAGGAUCAGAACAAGCUUCCGGAAGUGAAGGAAGUGACAGUGAAGACUUCGAUACUGGUGCCAAUGCGGAGCCAUUUUCAGAAGCUUCCUUCAAUUUCCUGACCUUUGUUGGGAUUUUGGUACCCAAGGUUCGCCAGCGCCUCACAGAGCUCCAGAGUACCAAGAUCAUGCGUUACUUUUGCAAUUUCGAUCGGGAGGGCGCUGGAACCGUUUCUGUCUUCAAAUGCUUGGAGAUCGCCAGAUGCCUUCGAAUGGAGCAACAUUUGAUGGUCGAAGCUUUACAAGUCCAGGGCUUUGAGAACGAACCCGGAGUAUCGGUUGAUUUUGAUUCCUUUGAAAGAGCCAUCAUGACUUGCAGGGAGCACACCAAUCGCCAACUAAGAGAGCGGGAAGUUGACAUCUUGGUGGAGAUGAAGGUGUCACCUACCCUUUUCGAAGAAUGCAGGGAUGACAUUUUGCAGAUCUAUGAGAUUUUCCGAAGACUCUCCGGUGACGCUGGUUCCAUCGGUGUGCUCACUGCCAACGAUGCUUUUCUUUCAGUCUAUGAGCUGGGCCUCAUGCCCCGGCAUGGAUGGCAGCGGGAGUGUGUGAAGUAUUUCCUGGUGCCGGAGGAUUCUGAUGAUCAUGUCUAUAUGAACACUGAAUUGAACUUCGAAGAGUUCUUGGAGUUCUUGAGGAAGGUCCGGCAUUUCAACGAUGAGCAACGCUUAGAAGAGCUCCAAGCAAAAUUUCAACGCUUGGAUAAGGACCGCAACGGAGUGUUGGACAUGCAAGAGCUGCACGUCCUCCUGGAGGAAUCUCAAUGCAGUCCGCGGACUCGUAAAGAGCAGGAGGAGGUACAGCAGCUCAUCCAAUCUGUAGAUUCGGAUGGCAACAAUGUCAUUGAUUUUGACGAAUUCAAGGAACUGGUUCAGAGGAUAGAUGAGAAGUUUGCAAGCUUGCGUUACGAACAAGAAGUCGAGUAUGCUAUUGCCCGUGGUUUUUCCGAAACAGAGCUCGGGAGCUUCCGCGCCAUUUUUGAACACUUGGACACGGACAACUCCGGUCAGUUGGACAUGGGUGAGGUGCGGCAAUGCCUGAGCAUCAUGCAGCACAACUCCACUUGGCAGGCCUUCGAGCAAACAUGGGCCUUGCUGGACAAAGAUUCCUCCGGUAGUUUGGAAUUCAUAGAGUUCAUUGAUUUUAUGAGGUUUAUGCGAGAUGGUGAAGGUGUAUUUGCCAUAGAUGCUGAUCAGAAGCUGCCCUCGCAAGUAAAGAAGUUAGAUGAGAGAACGCUGCGUUCUGUUUUGGGGGCCUAUGGGCUUUCAAAAUCAUACCUGUGGGCAUUGGACAAAGCACAACUUUUGCAGCGCUUUUGCGACAGUCUUGGCGUUACGCAGAACGACUCCCUACAGGAGGUGUUGAAGCUCACGACGCUCAGUGAUUUGAUCAAGUUGGCCAAGGCGCAGCCCCGCUGGGUGGGGCACAAACUUUGGUCACAGAAUGUCACAGCAAGGGGGAUAGAGCUGGCAGGAGAAGGGGGAACAACUGGCAAACCUGUUGCUUUAAUUCAGCUGUGAUCGGUGAGAUAAGAGAAGUGGGAUCCGCAUCGAUUGCCCCUGCUGUCCGCAUCUGUCCGCUGUGCUUUCCAACACAACCCGCGGUUUGAGCAGAAAAUGCUCACCGUAGAAGUACAGCGAGUGCUUCGCUCGGCCAAGCCGAAAGAAACAGAGACAGAGGCGGAGGAAGAAAUCGGUAUCAGCACACAGCUUGCUUUUUGGGCUUGAAUACCUACUGCACAUCAGCAAGAUGAGAGGGGCAAGGGACAAGGAGC